GCGCGGGUCUGUCAAAAAAAAAUCUGCCGCAUAAAUUUAUCAAGCUAAAGCUUCAACUACUACUGAACAUAAGUGUUUGACUUUCAAACGAUGGAUGGAUAAUAUUCGUGGAAGAGGAGAACUUUGAAGUUGUUUGCAGUAUUCUGUCUGUCAGCGGAAACACAAGUGUUACGUGACAGUCCAUAAAUUGGAUUAGCGUUAAGUAGAGCCAACUGUGAGUGAUAGUGUAGCAAACUUGCUAGCUAGCAAAACGUUCUGCUGAGCUUUGGACAUCUGUGGUCUCACAAACUGGUCUCUUUUUCAUUCAUGAGUUACCAGCAUCAGCUGUGGGAGUACUUUUUCACAUAAAAGGUUAACGUCGUUAGUUCGUAAACGUAAUUAGGGUCAACAACAUGGAGAGCUACAGCCAGAGGUUUGAAUCCAACACUGGACGAGACAGCAAACCUCAAAAGAAGAAGGGGACAACCUCAUCAAGUUAUGAGGAAGGGGACCGCAAGCCAAAGUUUCACUUACCCUUUAGAAACAUCACAGAUGAUGUGCUGGACAGAUUCGCCAGCAUCAGGAUCCCGGGUAGUAAAAAGGAGCGACCACCCUUGUUGCAGUCCAAACACAGCACCAAUGAUUGGUCCAUUUCUUCGUCAUCCUCGUCGAAUCAGAUUGAAGAGCUGUCGUCAAAGAUCACCACAGAAAAGGAGAUCUUGGCUCUGUUUGAGAAGAUGAUGGAGGACAUGAACUUGAGUGAAGAAAAAAAGACUCCGCUGAGAGACAAGGACCUCGCCAUGAAGAGGGAAAUGGUCAUCCAGUAUAUUUUUACUGCCUCUAAGACUGGUAGCUUGAGAAGCAGCCAUCAAAUAUCUCCCCAGGAAUUCCUGGGAGAGCUGAAGUCUGGGGUGAUGGACGAACGCCUUUUUGCCUGUCUAGACUCAUUGCGAGUGUCCCUUACCAGCAACCCUGUCAGCUGGGUGCAGAACUUCGGGCAUGAGGGUCUCGGACUGCUGCUGGACAUUCUGGAGAGGUUGCUUUUCAAGAAACAGCAAGAGAAGAUUGACAAGAAAAACCAACAUAAAGUUGUCCAGUGUCUCAAAGCCUUCAUGAACAAUAAGUAUGGCUUGGAUCGAAUCCUAGGAGAGGAGAAAAGUCUUGCAUUGCUGGCAAGAGCUAUUGAUCCCACCCAGUCUGCCAUGAUGACUGACGUGGUAAAGCUGCUGUCAGCCAUCUGCAUUGUGGGCGAAGAGAACACUUUAGAAAAGGUCCUUGAAGCCAUCACCACAGCAGGGGAAUGGCGAGCCAUCGAGAGGUUCAGUCCCAUUGUGCAGGGGCUGCGAGUUCGCUCUGUUCAAUUACAGGUGGCAUGCAUGCAGCUCAUCAACGCGCUUGUAACGUCCCCUGAUGAGCUGGACUUCAGGCUGCACAUCAGAAAUGAAUUUAUGCGCUGUGGCCUGAAAGAGAUAUUGCCGCAACUGACAACCAUCAGGAAUGAGGCCCUUGACAUUCAGCUGAAGGUAUUCGAGGAGCACAAAGAAGAGGACAUGAUCGAGUUCUCGCACAGGCUGGAAGACAUAAAGAGCGAGUUGGAUGAUGCGGGGGAUGUGUUCAGCAUUGUGCAGAGCAUGGUGAAGGACAGCAGUGCAGAGCCCUAUUUCCUUUCUAUACUUCAGCACCUGAUGCUUAUACGCAACGACUACUUGGUCAGGCCCCAGUACUUCAAAAUCAUCGAGGAGUGCGUGUCUCAGAUUGUGCUUCACCGCAGCGGCAUCGAUCCAGACUUUAGUUACCGCAAGCGCCUAGAUGUGGACUUCAGCCACCUCAUAGAGGUGUGUGUAGAUAAAGCUCGAAGUGACGAGUAUGAACAAAGAGCCUCAGAGCUGGCACAGAAGUUUGACGAGGAGUUUCUAAGCAGACAGGAGGCGCAGGCCCAGCUGCUUAAGUGUGAAGACAAGAUAUCUGAACUCCAGACGGAGCUGCAGGCCUUCAGGUCCCAGUUUGGAGCCGUACCCGUGACUCUGUCCUCUGCCAAUGUCGGACCCGUGUCGUCUUCCUCAGCCUUCCCAUCUGGGCCUCCACCCUCGUCUUCAGCACCUGGAGUGCCGCCUCCUCCUCCUCCGCCUCCUCCUCCUCCUUUACCAGGCUGUCCCAUCCCGCCUCCUCCACCUGGAGUGCCUCCUCCGUUUGGUGCCCCCCCUCCACCGCCUCCGGGCUUCGGGGGUGGUUUCGGCUCCCCAACCCACCGUGCUCUGCCUUAUGGCCUCAGGGCUAAGAAGAACUUCAAGCCUGAGACCUCCAUGAAGCGCCUCAACUGGUCCAAGAUCCGUCCCCAGGAAAUGUCAGAAGGCUGUUUCUGGGUGCUCGCUGACGAGGACCAGUACGCAAAGCCCGAGUUACUCAGCAGGGUCGCCCUCACUUUUUGCACACAAAGAACAGAAACCAAAGCCAAAAAAGAAGAGGAGGAUCAGGAGGAUAAGAAAUCCAUAAAGAAGAGAAUUAAAGAGCUCAAGGUGCUCGAUCCAAAGAUUGCACAGAAUCUAUCGAUCUUCCUGGGUUCCUUCCGUAUGCCUUAUCAGGAAAUCCGUCGGAUGAUUGUGGAGGUGGACGAGGCGCAACUAACAGAACCUAUGAUCCAGAACCUUGUGAAGCACCUCCCCGAGCAGGAGCAGCUGAACUCUUUGGCCAAGUAUAAAAACGAGUACACCAAUCUGUCCGAGCCGGAGCAGUUUGGAGUUGUGAUGGGCAGCGUGAAGCGGCUGCGUCCUCGCCUCAGCCACAUCCUCUUCCGGCUGCAGUUUGACGAGCACGUGAACAACCUGCGUCCAGACAUCCUGGCCGUCAACGCCGCCUGCGACGAGGUCAGGAAGAGCCGUUCCUUCGGCCGCAUGCUGGAGCUGGUGCUGCUGCUGGGGAACUUCAUGAACGCGGGGUCUCGGAACGCCCAGUCGUAUGGAUUCGACCUCAGCUCGCUCUGCAAGCUCAAGGACACCAAGUCAGCCGACCAAAAGACCACGUUACUCCACUUCCUGGCGCAAGUGUGUGAAGAGGAAUAUCCCGAUGUGGUCAAGUUUGUUGAAGACCUGGAGCACGUGGACCGAGCCAGCAGAGUGUCUGCAGAGAAUCUGGAAAAGAGCCUCAGGCAGAUGGAGCGGCAGCUGCUGCAGCUGGAGAGAGACCUGGAGACUUUCUCCUCCCCUGAUGACCCCAAUGACAUGUUCUUCACUAAAAUGGAUAGCUUCAGUAAGGUCGCACGGGAGCAGUACGGCAAGCUGGUGAUCAUGCACAGCAACAUGGAGACGCUGUAUCAGAACAUGUUGGAGUUCUUCGCCGUCGACCCCAAGAAGACUUCAGUGGAGGAGCUGUUCACUGAUCUCAGCAACUUCCGCACCAUGUUCACUCAAGCGCUGAAAGAGAAUCUGAAGCGGCGGGAGUCAGAGGAGAAGCAGAGGAGAGCACGGGCGGCCAAGGAGAAGGCUGAGCGAGAGAAGCAGGAGAGGCAGCAGAAGAAGAGGAGGCUGCUGGAAGUCAAUGCAGAGAACGAUGAGACAGGUGUGAUGGAUAGCUUGCUGGAAGCCCUACAGUCAGGAGCUGCAUUCAGAGACCGAAGGAAGAGAGCGCCAAGACCCAGAGAUCACCAGCAGCAGACGAUCAGCCCGGGUUCAUACCGACAGGUCCUCAGGCCUGUUAACUAUGAAAACAACAAGGUACCUUUGCAGAGGUCUCGCUCUCGGCAGAAUAUUAAUGCAGGCUCAGCGGCGGUGAAAGCUCACGCUGGAAAAGAGACCCAUAAUGAGUCUGAAGGCCAUCCCUCUGCAGCACGGGACAAGGCUUCUGCGGGUUCGGAGUCCGGCCGCAGGUACAGGAACAAUGCCGCCAACAGCUGCUGGAUGGACAGAGAGAGGGUGGUGGAGAGAGAGCUGCUGAGGUCGGCUGAGAGAGAGGUGGUGGAGGUCGAAGCGGAGCCGUCGACCGCUGCCGUCAGCUGCGGCACCAACGGAGAGUCAGACGUGGAGGCUCUCCUGGCCAAACUCAGGGCCUUGUGAGGUUUCUUAUCGUCUUACAGAACAUGUGUCGACAUACUUUGAAUGUAAACUCAGAGAUUCUCCGUCUGAAAUGUUUUAACAACUCCAAAUAUAGUUAUCAGGAAGAAGAGGGGGAAGAAAAGCCAUGUGUAAUAGCAGGAAUGAAAGGUGUUAUUUUUUAAAGCUUUGUUAAAAAAUAAAGGUUAAAUAAAGAUUGAGGGACAUGCUUUGUGUGUCUGAUGGUACAAAUGGGAAAAUCAUUCCCCGAUACAAACUCCAGGAGCGGAGAGCCGGUCACAUUCAUAAAGAGUUACUCCUUGAAAGAGACUGAUUUACAAAAGUUGUGAUUGAACGGACGCUCCUGUAAAAGGUAGAGAGUCUGCUGAUCGUAUCGUGCUGUGUUUCCUUAGAAUCAUUAAUGUGUUCCUGACAAAAGCAAUAUCACAACCUUUUCUCUGCAAGUAAGAAUACCCACAAUGCCAAGCACUUUCUUUAUAAUCCUGAAGUAUGCAAUAAUUAAUAAAAUGAUAGAACGCUUCCUCUUCUGUUUCCUGUUACUGCUCUUUCUGUAGUGUUUUUUUUAAAUCUUUAAUCUGUCUUUAUCUGUUUUUAGUCACAUCAGAUUUUCCUUUUGCAUGUUUUCAGUCAUAUUGAAUUAUUCUUCUAUCUUAUAUUUUGGUAUUUAUUCUCUUUUUGUCCUCUAGAGUAUUAUCUUCGGUUGGAGGUGUCUUUUAUAUUCAAAGCAUCAUUCUGAGUGACGUGUUUUCUAUAUUAAACUACAAAUAUGUUAUCAAAAAGAAGUGACAUCAGCAUACUCUCACAGCUUAUUAAAACUCCUGGAUGUCAGACGACAGGAUGCAUUUGGUCGAGUUGUUUUUGACGCUUUGUCAUUGUUAGCUAGAUUAUUACUUUAGACGACGUGAGAUCGAGUUUGCAAAAAGGGACCAGUGUCUUAAAGUCACAAAUAUGACACCAGAACAAAACGUUCAUUGAGAAUCUAUCAGAUAUUCCUUUAUUUGUUUUCCCUACAUUCCCUCUGAAUGAACUGAGGGUAUAUCUUAAGUGUUUUGAUUGUAUCUUUAUGUCUGUCCCUCACUUUUAUAGACCUGUUUAUAAUAAAAUAAAGCUGAAAAUGUAA